CGUAGGGGCAGUAGGUUUCGAUUCUUCUACAGUGUUCGUCUAUCUGAAAUCGAAUCAACCAAUCGAUCGAUCCAUCGAUUGUGGGAGAGUGAAACGAUGUGGCACGAAGCUCGUCGGUCGGAGAGGAAGGUCCAUGACAUGAUGGACGCCGCGCGGAAGAGGGCACAGAGGCGGGCUGUAUACCUAGCCAAGCGGCGGGGUGAUCCACAGCAAUCGAUACAGGUCUCAGGCUCUCGCUGCCGUGUGUACCGUGACGAUGGCCUCUACCAAGCCACCGAAGAUCAGCAAGGCCUGAUCCCAUGGAAUGGGAAACAAGACAUUAUGAUUGACAGAUUUGAUGGGCGUGCUCUUCUUGAUUUCAUAAGAGAUCCUGAUUCUAGACGAUUCCGUGUCAUUGAGAAGACAGAGGAAGAAGAAGAAUUAGAAGAGUUUGUUAGUUUUGAGCGAUACCGGGAUUUAAUUAAGCAUCGACGUAGAGGAUUUAGUGAUGAAGAAGGUCUGCAUCAUGUUAACCAAGAGAUGGAGGCUAAAACUGCUGCUUUAUUUGGAUUAGACAGGUCUCAAACAACCCAAGCUCCUGCAAACAAGGGUUCUUAUUCACAAGUGGGCUUCUCAUAUGAUGGGGGUGUGAAAGAUGAAAAUCAAGAUUCAGAUGAUGAUGAUGACGACGAUGAUGAGGAUGAGGAUGAAGAUGAUUUCAAUAGUGAUGAUAGCAAUGAUGAAGGGAUGGAUAUAAUUGCUAAAGAAUUUGGAGUGAAAAGGUAUGGGUGGCUUGUAUACAUGGAUAAAAAAGCUAAAGAAGAGGAAAGGAGACAAAAGGAAGUUGUGAAGGGAGACCCUGCAAUUAGGAAACUGAGUCGUAAAGAAAGAAGAAAAGCUUCUCAAAUUGAAAGAGAAAGGGAGAGGGAAUCAGCACGGGUUUCUGGUAGUCGUGUGCUUCAUCAUGAUCCAUAUCGGGAGUCAAGAAGAAGUCCAACAUAUGAAGCUUAUUCACGUUCUAGAAGAUCAAGAUCACGAUCAUACUCACCAUCAUCAAAAUCAAGGCGACAUGGUCGUGAUGAUUUCGAGGAUAGUCACCGGAGUAAUCCAAGGGCUCCAAAAAUAGAAUACAUAACAGAAUUUGGAGGCUCACCAGAUGGUGGUGGACCGAAGCUCGCUGGAUACACGCCUCCAUCAUCUCCUCCAUCAUCACAUGUUGGUGCAUUAAACCGGCCCUCAUCUGGACAAAUUCUUGAAGCCUUGCAUAUCGAUCCUGCUUCUGGCGUAUCGCUUGAUAGCGAACGAAAUGCAAAAUUGACAAAACCGUCCCUCGGAUCUUCAUCGGGAUUAGCAAAGUUAACGAAAGCUUCCGGAAGCGGAAGCCUCGGGAAACCACAAGGAGAGAAAAAAGAAACACCUCAAGAACGACUUAAGCGGAUCAUGAGCAAACAGUUGAACAAACAAAUUAAGAAGGACACUGCUGCUGAAAUGGCUAAGAAACGAGAACAGGAGAGACAAAGGCUUGAGAAACUUGCGGAAACUAAUAGAUUAAGUAGUAGAUACAGGCAUAGAAGCAGAAGCAGAAGUUACAGUCGCUCGCCUCCAAGGCGAUAUAGGCGGAGUAGAAGUCCAAGUAGGGGGAGAAGUUCUAGAAGGUACCAUUCACGGUCUCGAUCUCGAUCGCGGUCUGUGUCCCCUUUGCGGGCCCGCUCUCGUUCAAUCUCUCGCUCUCGCUCCCCGAGGGUGAGAAGCCGGUCAAAGUACUAAUAGUAAUAGGGUAAUGAAGUUUGAGCAAGGUUUGAAUGGUUUGUUCCGUAGUCUUACUCUUGUGAUAUUUAUGCGGUGUGUAGUGUGUACUCCUUUUGUUUGAUAUAUGAUAUAUAUAUAUUACUAUUUGGAUAUUGGAUAUAUGACAGAUAAAAUCUGUAGUUAUGAUAAAGACUUGU